AUGCCCCCGCCGCGGGCCCUGCUGCGCCGCCCCGGCCGCUGCCGCUCGCCCUCGCUCCUCGGCCGCCGGCGGCACCCAGCUCUCGCCGCCAGCCCCACGGAGCCCGGCCCGGCCCCGCGGAGCCCGGCCCGGCCCCGCCUCCCUCCCUCCGCCCCGGGGAAGGGGCCGCGGCCGGGGCCGGCGGCGGGGGCGGGCUCGGGGUCCUGCCGGAGGAUGGGGCUGGGGGUGCCGCAGCCCGGGGGUGCCGCAGCCCGUCCCGCCGCGGGUUCCCGGGCUGCGGGGUUGUCCGUGGGCAGCAGGGGCUGUCCGUGGGCAGCAGGGGCUGUCCGUGGGCAGCAGCCCGGGACGGGAGUUACGGGGCGCCCGUCGGUGACCGGGGGAGCCCGAGCGGGACGUGGUGCUGCCGGCAGUCCUGACCCCACGCCCGGGCAGGCACCCGGGGGUUCCUCAAAGAACAUGAGGUCCUCUUGGAUAUUUAUAAUACAUGUGCUGUGUCUGAAGGGCCAUCAGUGUGCACCAACCAAGCAGGAGGAAAUGAAUCUCCGGGACAACCUCAAGCAAUUAUCUGAAGUUGGAGAGAAGUAUGUAGAUGAAGAGGUAAAGAAAGCUUUGAUUGGUAUUAAGCAGAUGAAAAUUAUGAUGGAAAGAAAUGAAGAUAAGCACAUAGAUCUGAUGAAAACCUUGAAGAAGAGCAGUGAAGAAAAACAGCAAGCCUUGAGACUUAUGGAUGAAGUAAAGGCAAGACUGGAAGAAGAGGAAAGACAAUGUCAAGUAUCCUUGAAAAAUCUAUGGGAUGAAUGUGAAUCUUGUUUAGAAAGUACCUGCAUGAGAUACUAUACAACUUGCAAACAUGGUGUGUCUUCCUUUAAGAGGAAGGUUGAAGAUUUUUUGAGGAAAAUACCUCCACUCAUAUUUACUUUUCAUGAGGAUCAAGGAAGAGACAUCCAGUCCAAUGAAAAGCCUGAGAAAGAGGACACCCAGCUAGCAAAGAUGGAAGAUUUAUUUAGCCAGCUAUUAUCAGACGUGGGCUCAAUAUUUGACAGAAGUUUCAUUUUUUUCAAGCACAUGCAAAAAGAAUUUGACCAGUCUUUUCAGACGUAUUUCAUGUCUGACCUGGACUUGAGUGAGUCCCCCAGUAUGCCAGCUUUACCUGAGGUCACCACCAGAACUGACGGCUCCCAGAGAGGCUGGGGCAUGCCCGGCUUCUUACAGCUAGUUUUUGAUUUUAGUAGGACGGUGUUUGAAGGUGUCAGUGAGGUGAUCACCGACGUGUUUGAUGAAUACAGAGAUUAUAGAAGAGAUGUGCCAGAACAAACCAAAGGCAAGUGUCAAAAGGUGAAAACUGACUGCACUGUCAAUGACAUCAACCCCCUUGGGAUGACUAAACUACAGCAAAUUACUCAGUUUCCAGUAUAUCCUGACAGAAGUGGCAUGUUUUCAAAAAUUGUGUCAGGGCGCCAGAGACUUCAGUGCAGGGAGCUCCGGGAGAACUCCUCUGGAUGCCCACAGUUUCAUGAGAGGUGCCAGAAAUGUCAAGACAAUCUUUUGCAUGAUUGCCCAAAUGUUCCUGAGCUGCACAUAAAGUUUGAUGAAGCCUUUAAGCUGGUUAAUCUCUCAGGGGAGCAGUACGAGCAGAUUCUCCAGGUGGUUCGGCAUCACACAGAGGACACUUCUUACUUGUUGAACAAAAUGAAAGAAAGAUUUGGGUGGGUGUCUGAGUUAUCCAACAUGACCAUCGGGCCAGAAAACAUUUUCAACAUAGUUAAGGUGGUACCUGGGGAUCCCUCCAGUAAAGACGAAACUGUGGUAGAUGUGAACAUUCUGACUUCACCUACUUUCACCAUUAAAGUUCCUCCCAACUUAGAUCCCAAGAGCCCUGAGUUCAUUGAAUACAUAGCUGGGAAAGCACUCCAGUUGUAUAAGAAGAAUUUUUAAGUGGUAAGUUCAUUCUUUCUGCUUUCACAGAGAACACACCUCUUCGUAAGAGGUGUUUUACAUUGCCAUAAACUUUAGUUGGAACAAGAUUCAAUCAUGGUGUAUACAAGACUGCCUUCUCAGAAAGGACACAUUGUUUGUGUUUUCCAUAAUAUUUGUGUUUUUAUCAAACACUCAAUGUUCUAGCCUGCAAAACACAGACACAAUGAUAUUAAAUUAUUUGACUUAUUUAACUGUGAGACCCUCAUUCUUUAAGUAACAGGUGGGAU